GAGUAAUUACAAUAAAAAUGUUUUGAUCGUGCAAAGAACAACAGCGUUUGUGUUAACGUGAGGUGUAAAUAAAAAACUUCGUGAUAAACGCAGAAAAUAUAGUGAAAAUGGAAAGAAAUGAUACUGAACGUAAGGAGAAGGAAGAGAUAGAGAUAAUAGAGACGAUGGAGAAGUUCGGCAGGUAUCAGAUGCUGCAGUACUUCUUGAUCUGCCUACCCGCUGUAGUUGUCACCAUGUUAAAUGUUAACUAUGUGUUCGUCGCUGGAGACAUUAAUUAUAGAUGUCGUAUACCAGAAUGUGAUGAUCAAUAUCCAGUGUACAAUACAUCAUGGUGGCCGAACAAGAACAUAGACAGGUGUACGAGGCCAUUGGUCAAGGAACUUACAGGGGGAUCGUGCACCAAUGAUAGUUUCACUGAGGCUGUCGCAGUCUGCACGGAAUGGGUGUACGAAACCAAUGAAACUGUUGUUGCCGAGUUGGAUCUCGGAUGUCAGCCUUGGAAGAUAAAUCUGAUCGGCACAAUGCACAACAUUGGCAUGUCCCUCGCAAUGAUGGCCUCAGGAUGGCUGUGUGAUAGAUUCGGUCGUAUGCCAACAUUAAUCAUGUGCUCGGUUGGAAGCUGCGUCGGUCUGUUGAAAAUUUUCACAUCAACCUACUCUGUGUACGUGGUGAUAGAAAUGCUAGAAGCCACAAUCUCUAGCGGAGCGUACACGGCUGGCAUGGUAUUAAUGAUAGAAAUCGGUGGUAAAAACAACAGAGUUUUAGCUGGAGUUAUAUUCGCUUAUGCUGUUUACCUUGGAGAGACGUUGUACGCUAUUAUUGCAAUGUUCCUGCCUUACUGGAAACAUCUCGUCGCUGCUAUUUAUAGCCCUUCAAUAGCAUUCGUCUUAUUAAUAUUUGUUCUCAAAGAAAGUCCUCGAUGGCAAUUACUGAAUGAUAAAACUGAACUUGCUAAGAAUACACUAUUACUAGUAGCAAAAGUUAACAAAGUAAAUAUUGAUAGAGAGAAAUUGCUUCAUAUGAAUGCAGAGGAUUUAAAAAAGGAAUAUAAUAUAAACAGUUAUGAAGAGAGAGAAGGUUUUAUGGCUAUAUUUAAAUCUAGAGAGAUGAUAAAGAGAGCGAUAGUCGCUGCGUUUUGUAAGUUCACGGUUGGUUUUGUGUAUUAUGGCUUGAUGAUAAACUCUGUCUUCUUGCCUGGCAGUAAAUACACUAACUUCAUGUUGGCCACCGCCAUGUCUUACCCGGGAGAGUUAUUAUCUUUGUACUUAAUGAAUAAAGUUGGAAGGAAAUUUCCAUUGAUAUUUGGGUACUUAAUUUGUGGUGUGCUCUGCGCUGUAACUGGUUGGAUACCUGAAGCUUACACUUGGCUUAAAAUAACCAUAUUCCUAUUGGGUAAGCUGAUAAUAUCAGUCUGUUACACUGGAGUGAUAACAUACACGAUGGAACUCUUCCCUACAAGUGUAAGAGGCACUAUGCUCGGCGUGUGCUCCGUCAGUGCGGGCAUAGGUAGCAUGAUUGCGCCUUUAACCCCUAUACUUAACUCAGUGUCCGUAGUCCUGCCGCCGAUGAUAUUUGGUAUCACAGCAUUAAUUUCUGGUGUACUUCUCAUACGUACUCCGGAGACCAAAGACGCACCAUUAAUGGAUACAAUACAGCAAGUAGAUUUAGCCCAGUCGUUAAUUCCAAGAAAAAAACCAAAUGUAGAUAUCGAAAUUACAUACGAAUUUAAUAAAAAUAAUAAAGAUUGAAUCUGUUUUUUUAUUUUUAUUAAAAACUAUCUUUGAA